AUGCAGCUGGAGCACUGCCUUUCUCCUUCUAUCAUGCUCUCCAAGAAAUUUCUCAAUGUGAGCAGCAGCUACCCACAUUCAGGCGGAUCUGAGCUUGUCUUGCACGAUCAUCCCAUUAUCUCGACCACUGACAACCUGGAGAGAAGUUCACCUUUGAAAAAAAUUACCAGGGGGAUGACGAAUCAGUCAGAUACAGACAAUUUUCCUGACUCCAAGGACUCACCAGGGGACGUCCAGAGAAGUAAACUCUCUCCUGUCUUGGACGGGGUCUCUGAGCUUCGUCACAGUUUCGAUGGCUCUGCUGCAGAUCGCUACCUCCUCUCUCAGUCCAGCCAGCCACAGUCUGCGGCCACAGCUCCCAGUGCCAUGUUCCCGUACCCCGGCCAGCACGGACCAGCGCACCCCGCCUUCUCCAUCGGCAGCCCCAGCCGCUACAUGGCCCACCACCCGGUCAUCACCAACGGAGCCUACAACAGCCUCCUGUCCAACUCCUCACCGCAGGGUUACCCUGCCGCCGGCUACCCCUACCCACAGCAGUACGGCCACUCCUACCAGGGAGCCCCGUUCUACCAGUUCUCCUCCACACAGCCCGGGCUGGUGCCUGGCAAAGCGCAGGUGUACCUGUGCAAUAGGCCCCUUUGGCUGAAAUUUCACCGGCACCAAACGGAGAUGAUCAUCACCAAACAGGGAAGGCGCAUGUUUCCUUUUUUAAGUUUUAACAUUUCUGGUCUCGAUCCCACGGCUCAUUACAAUAUUUUUGUGGAUGUGAUUUUGGCGGAUCCCAAUCACUGGAGGUUUCAAGGAGGCAAAUGGGUUCCUUGCGGCAAAGCGGACACCAAUGUGCAAGGAAAUCGAGUGUAUAUGCAUCCGGAUUCCCCCAACACGGGGGCUCAUUGGAUGCGCCAAGAAAUCUCUUUUGGAAAAUUAAAACUUACAAACAACAAAGGAGCUUCAAACAACAAUGGGCAGAUGGUGGUUUUACAGUCUUUGCACAAGUACCAGCCCCGCCUGCAUGUGGUGGAAGUGAACGAGGACGGCACGGAGGACACCAGCCAGCCCGGCCGCGUGCAGACAUUCACUUUCCCCGAGACCCAGUUCAUCGCCGUCACCGCCUACCAGAACACCGAUAUUACACAACUGAAAAUAGAUCACAACCCCUUUGCAAAAGGAUUUCGGGAUAAUUAUGACACGAUCUACACUGGCUGCGACAUGGACCGCCUGACCCCUUCGCCUAACGACUCCCCGCGCUCGCAGAUCGUGCCCGGGGCCCGCUACGCUAUGGCCGGCUCUUUCCUGCAGGACCAGUUCGUGAGCAACUACGCCAAGGCCCGCUUCCACCCGGGCGCGGGCGCGGGCCCCGGGCCGGGCACGGACCGCAGCGUGCCGCACACCAACGGGCUGCUGUCGCCGCAGCAGGCCGGACCGGGCGCGCCGUCGCCGCAGCGCUGGUUUGUGACUCCGGCCAACAACCGGCUGGACUUCGCCGCCUCGGCCUACGACACGGCCACGGACUUCGCGGGCAACGCGGCCACGCUGCUCUCGUACGCGGCGGCCGGGGUGAAGGCGCUGCCGUUGCAGGCGGCCGGCUGCACCGGCCGCCCGCUGGGCUACUACGCCGACCCGUCGAGCUGGGGCGCGCGGAGCCCCCCGCAGUACUGCGGCGCCAAGUCCGGCUCGGUGCUGCCCUGCUGGCCCAACAGCGCCGCGGCCGCCGCGCGCAUGGCCGGCGCCAACCCCUACCUGGGCGAGGAGGCCGAGGGCCUGGCCGCCGAGCGCUCGCCCUUGCCGCCCGGCGCGGCCGAGGACGCCAAGCCCAAGGACCUGUCCGACUCCAGCUGGAUCGAGACGCCCUCCUCCAUCAAGUCCAUCGACUCGAGCGACUCGGGGAUUUACGAGCAGGCCAAGCGGAGGCGGAUCUCGCCCGCCGACACGCCGGUGUCCGAGAGCUCGUCCCCGCUCAAGAGCGAGGUGCUGGCCCAGCGGGACUGCGAGAAGAACUGCGCCAAGGACAUAGGCGGCUACUACGGCUUCUACUCGCACAGCUAG